CCAGCUUUAGUCUUGAAGCUCAAGCCAAGAAGUUCUUGUUUCUACAUACGAAUAACGACUACACCGGACUGCACUACCGGAAAUCUACACUUAACGAACGACUUAUACGAACGACUUAGACGCGAGACACACACACACAGGCCCAGUACCUCCACAUCACAACACAUUAUGGCGGAUCUCAAGUCCUCGGACUCGGCCCCGAGAGAUGUGGACGUUGAGAAAGGAAUCAGUCCCAACGCCUCGGAUCUCGAAGGCGCUACCAUCAGACCCGAGUCUCGCCAGGAGUCAGCAGAAAACACACAGGAUGCCGACAAGGAGACAGAUCAAGACCCGAAAGUCGUGGAUUGGGAUGGACCCGACGAUCCUGAAAACCCUCAAAACUGGCCCAUGAAGAAGAAGUGGUUUAACAUUGCUACCAUCUCGAUGUUGACAUUUGUCACACCACUUGGAUCCUCAAUGUUCGCCCCCGGCAUUCCCAAGAUCAUGGUCGAAUUCGGCGAAACCUCAGCCACGGUAGCGACGUUCGUCGUCUCAGUUUACAUUCUCGGCUUUGCCUUCGGUCCUCUCAUCAUUGCCCCUAUGAGUGAGGUCUUUGGUCGCGCGCGGCUUUACAUCUGUGGCAACAUUCUCUUCACCAUCUUUACCGUUGGUACGGCUCUGUCACAAAACAUGGCCAUGAUGAUGGCAUUCCGUUUCCUCAUGGGUCUGGCUGGUGCCGUGCCAGUCACUAUUGGCAGUGGCAGUAUUGCGGAUAUUAUGCCAAUCGAGCAGAGAGGUCGUGCCAUGUCUGCCUGGGCUUUGGGACCCCUCCUCGGCCCGUGUAUUGGUCCCGUUGCCGGAGGCUACUUGAUCAAGGCUGCCGGUUGGAGAUGGGUGUACUGGCUUGUGACUAUUGUAGGCGGUAUUUUCAUUCCUCUCUCGUGGUUCAUGAUGAGAGAGACUUUCGCUCCUCUCAUUCUCGAACGCAAGGUAGCCAGGCUUCGCAAGGAAACCGGCAACAUGAACCUCAGAAGCAAGCUCGACGAUGGACAAACCACGAAGAAAAAGUUCCAGCACGCCAUCAUCCGACCUGUAAAGCUCCUUUUCGUCACGCCGAUCGUUACUCUCAUGGCUCUUUACGUCGCCAUCACAUACGGUAUCCUGUACUUGCUCAUCACGACCUUCUCUUUCGUCUACAGAGACCAAUACGGCUUCGACGAGGGAACAAUCGGUCUCACUUUCCUUCCCGCUGGCAUUGGUAUGAUGAUUGGUGUCGGCGUCUUUGGCGCGCUCACCGACUUCAUCGUCAUCAGGAACAAGAAGAAGGGACUCGUCCACAGGCCCGAGGCUCGUCUUACCCCGGUACUUACCAUGCCCUGCGGUGUGGUUCUCCCCAUCGGUCUCUUCAUCUACGGGUGGACCACUGAAAAGGGGGUUCACUUCAUCGUUCCCAUGCUUGGAGUUGUCAUCUUCGCCACUGGGCUCAUGGGUGUCAUGAUGUGCAUUCAGAAUUACCUUCUCGAUACCUAUCCACGAUACGCAGCUUCCGUCACUGCCGCGCUAGCUGUUCUUCGAUCUUUGGCCGGCGCCCUCCUUCCUCUUGGAGGCUUGGAAAUGUACAACGCCCUCGGACUCGGAUGGGGUAACAGUUUGCUGGGAAUGGACAAGGGAAUUGUGUGGAAAUGCAUGCUACCAAAAUCACCACUGAGAUUGCUGGUGCCGUUUUUCCGAGGCUGA